AAGCCCAGGUGAUUAUCCAUCCGUUACCCCCCUCCUCCCCUCCGACCGACAAAUCCCUCCCGGUGCUCCCCCCUCCUCCUCCUCUCUCUCGCCGUCUCCUUCCCCGCCAGCCAUGAUCCGUGGCGGGCUAAUUCCCAGACGGCGGUCUUCCUCCUCUUCCUCUCCUUCUUCUUCUUCUCCUUCUUCUUCUUCCUCCUCUCCUCCUCCUCCUCUUCCUCCUCUUCCUCCUCCUCCUCCCGGUAAGUAGCAGCGCCGUCCAUCUUUUACUCCUCCUCUCCUCCGUCGGACUGCAUGCUGGUAUUUAUCGCUCGUUAUCGGCUCUUUUUUUUUUUUGAUUGACCCCCCCUCUUCUCGCCUCCCCCCUCUCCCUCCUCCUCCCUCAUUCCUCCUCCAUCUCUUCACGGUGGAGGAGGAGGGGGAGGAGGUGUUAAUGUGUCGCGUGGGAGAUCCGAUUUCCCCUCGCGGCCGGUGGCCACCGUGACCUUCUGUCGGAGCUCGCCGCCCCGGUUGACCAGACAGGCGCAGAACGUGUUGACUGCAGACGACUAGCAGCUCGUCGUUAGCGGGCAAGUGUGUGUUUGUUUGUAUGCGUGUGUGUGAGCAUUGGUGAGGUCAUGUCGGGCAUGACGAGCGGCGUGUGCGUGGAGAGCGACCUCACCUCGAUGCUCCAGAGAAGCUCCGCCCCCUCGCAUCAUCACCCAAAUCACCACGGUUACAGCGGACAGGGACAGGUUUCCAGUCUGGCGCCGAUGCUGGACUACACCACAGAGAUGGAUCGUUACCGCUCGUCCAUCGCCAGCUUCUACAAGACCAACGUCAACAUGAACAUGAACGUGACAAACUUCCCCCAGUCCGCCAAGCUGGCUGCCCGUUUGGCGGCCGCCACGCCCAUCUUCCCUCCCGCCGCUGCCAGGCUGGGGGCCAUGGCGACGGGGCCGUGGGGUUGUCAUGACAACAUGAACAUGAACCAUCCGGCGACCAUGUUCUGGGGUCGACCCAAACCCGUGGCGACCGCGCCGACGCACCACCACCACCAUCACCCCUCGGCGACGCCGGGUCACAUGGCCUCCCCACACCCCCACAGUACCAGCAUGCACCCGGGCGGUGGGGGGUCGGGAGGGGGCGGAGGUGGAGGGAGCAGUGAGGGGGGAGGAGCUGAAAAACACGGACACACCGCCUCACUUCCUGUUACGCAGGCGGCGGCGCACCAUCACCCCAUGGCCCCGAAUGGAAACUUCCUGCCCGGUUACAGCGGUGGGACGGACUGCGGCGUCAUGAACAAACAGGGACACGCCCAUGCAGAUAUGAUGGGCCUAUCAGAGGGUGGCAGCUGCAACGGGGGAGGGGUGAUGGGCAGCAGCUUCCUGGGGGGGCUUGGAUUACCCCCUGGGGUCAUCGUCAUGGCGAUGGGGUCAGCAGGGGGCGGGAUCUCAGAUGCCAGCAGCGCCUUCCAGAUGACAGGCGGCCAGCGGGCGCUAACAGACUGCCAGCAGCACGCCAACUCCUCCCCUUGCCCCUCGUCCUCCUCGCCCUCCUCAUCGGGGGUGACGGCGGGGGGCGUCUCCCUGUCGACCUCGUCGUCCUCGUCGUCGGGUACCGUGGCAAAGAGGAAGAGGAAGCGGUGCGGCGUGUGCGGGCCGUGCAGGCGGCUCAUCAACUGCGGCGUCUGCUCGUCCUGCCGCAACAGGAAGACGGGUCACCAGAUCUGCAAGUUCAGGAAGUGCGAAGAGCUGAAGAAGAAGCCGGGGGGAGGAGGGGUGUUGGAGCGGCCGCCGUCCGUCCCGACUGGCGAAGCUUUUCGGUGGUUCUUCUAGCCUUCCCUCCGCCGACAACAGUCACAAGCAUCACAUGUGGACUACAAAAAUCAGCAAGAGGACUACAGCUUCUGGAACUGAACCAGAUGCAACAGGAUUACACUUUCACACCGAGUGAAAGACAAUUUUAGACGACAAAUCCCACCUCAGCUGGAACAGGGAGUUGGCAGGAAACAGGAAGUAGAGGAGGAGGCAGUUUGGUCAUGGUCAACGGUGCCACAAUUACAAUUAAUCCAUAAAAAAUGGUUCUUAAAUAGAUGCACACUCAAAGUCCACGUGUUUGAAUGUUAUGGCUAAAUAUGUGAGUCACUUCUAGACUAAAAGGCUACCAUUUCAGCAACACUUUUCAUGUUGUAUUCUUGGCACCUUACCGUUUUAAAAGUCCCCAAACAGCAACCUCCAAAGCUGCGACCCAGAUCACUGUUUGCUGCAUCCCAGGCUUAGCAUCGCCCAUGAUUGGCUUAAAUUAAUUUUAAAAACCAGUGCAUUGCUUCUCUCUAUGAGCUCGUUACGAUGUGACAUACUUCUGGUGUUACCGUUUCCGGAUUCGAGCAGCUAUUGUAUUGGCUGAGGAUGUCUUAACAGGUCCGAGCCUAAAACCAACACAGCUUUUCUACUCUACAGAAAAAGAUGAAGAAAUGCCUGCAGUUGAUGAGGCAUUUUAAAAGGCCUAGAUAAGAAAGAUAGCUAGCUAGCUAUCUAAAAGACUGACAACUGAAUCAUACAGAUGUGGGAUCAUAGCGUGAAACACCCUAAAAAAAAAACAUCGCCUGUAUCGGGAGCAUUAGCCACCUUCCCAGUGGGCACUAAUGGUAGCCAGGCUAGCUAUUUAUUGUAGAACCAUAGCUAGCUAGCUUCAUAAACUUCAAGCUAGCUAGCUAUGCAGCAUUGAACAAAGACUGACAACCAUCAAAAAGACCAGCUAGCAUGCUAGUCUUAUCUAGCUGUCUUUUUAGCUCUUGUGAAGGGUCCAUUACAAGACCCGGUAAUCCUAUAGCUUAUAUCAGGAGUAUUUGAAGGAUCUGGAAGGAGAGCAGUCUGAUCCACUUUCUGUAGUUUUUGAGAAAAAUGGCUUCAAAGUUUUGUGUUUUCCAGAAUAGUCUAACAUUCCACAUUUGGGUUGUGGGUUAGACCACUCUGACAUUAAAAUCUAGGCCAUAAAAUAUUACAGAAGUUAUAUAAAACUGAGUUUGGACUUUCUGUGGGUUUGACCUCUCUGCUUCUAAACUCCUCAUUUGUUGUCACCAAUAGGUGCUAAUAUCAGUAGCGCCUGAAAAAGAAAGAAGUGAAAAGAUCCACAGGUUCCUCCAGCGACAUUUGCUUUUUGGACCUGAAGUUGUGUUUGGACGACAUCAGACUAAACAAGCAGAUAGAUCAGGCUUUGCAGCCUGGCGUCGCUAAAAAAAAUACAAAGUAAUCUAGAACUUGUUGCGUUGUUUUCAGUUUCCAAUGAGUGUUUUUUUUCAGCAUAAUGUCUCAAAAACAGCAAAACAUGCGAUAUCAAAUAUACCAUCAGCCUUCAUCGAUUUAAACCCGUCUUACGUUGAAAUUAUGCAGAACUUUAAACCUCAUUACACUUUAAAUGUGCGUUAUAUAAAUGUUUUCUCCUGAUAAGUUGUCACAAAUAGUGAAAUUAGCUCGAGAAACCAAAACUUCCUGUUCCAGGCUGUAAACUUGUUUAUUUUUGCUGUAAAGUUGGACGUUUUAACAUCUGAGUGGACUGACUCAAUCUCAAGUGGACAGUUAAGGAACUGCAGUUUGGAGGUCGCUGCUGUAGUCAGAACUUAGUUGGUAAAUUUAUUCCAUCUCCCAUGAAACAUAUUAACUCCUUUUCAAAGUGUGAAAACCAUUUUUUGCAAUUUUUCUCAGUGCAAUAUUUCAAAACGAGCUCCACAUAUGCAAGAAAGCCGAGAUUAUUGUGGGUUGUGCAACAAGACAUUAAGUAGAAUAUUUCUUUCCAAAACUAGGAAGGUUCCACUUGCCUUUCACCGGUCGAUAUUAGACUCUUUAUACGCUUUGUUUCGGUCAUGAAGCACACUAAUGUUUUAAAGAGUGUCGAUAGAAGCACAGAGCUAAAGGUGGACCUGUAUACCUCAGCCUGAUGUAGCUUAUGUAGCCUGUGUAGGUCUGUGGCCUACUAGUCGAGUCCAUUGAUCGGUUUUAUGUCGUCAAACCAAAUCAUCACAGUUUGGGAGCCAAAUCUAGUAGCCAACGCUGUUAUUUCAGCAUGUCGGAUAGACAUUUAACUAGCAUUUAGACAAACAGACUCAGCAGGAGCCCAAAGUUGAAGUAUUUCCUAUUUCCUGUUAGCAGCUUCGACAUCAACCGCGAAGUUCUAACUACAAAUUUAUUUGGUUUGGUGCUUAACUGAGCAAAUUCUAUCUCAAAUUUUAUGGAUCUCCACCAUCCAGUUGAACCUCCACCAGCUGUGAUAAACUGUCUCCUCCUUCCGCUUCCUCUUCCUCCCCUUCCUCCUGGCAAAACCCCAUUGUAGCCAAACCAGGAAGAUUCAGGACUCAACCGCAGAAACAAUUAGUUCGACCAAAACCUCAAAGGACAAACUUCACCAGGGCGGGAGUACAAACCGACCUCGGCAGGACGUCAUCCAGGACUGUUAUUAUAGGAAUACAGCGUCACCACAAUAGGACUACAACUACCACAUCACUGUUAUCUGUCUCUUCUGUCUACCUCCUCCUCGAGAACUUUAAAGGCACCUUGACUGGUUUUUAAUGGGCCGGAUCUCAACUCUGUCCAUGGUCCGGAGCUGAUCGGCCUCUUGUGGGAUCUUGUGUUUGUUUCAUUUCCUCCGCUGACUAAAGGAGUCGUCCAACUUCAUUUUAUUUGUCUGGAUUUCAACAGAAAGUUCUCAGGGCGCAGUCACUCUCACAGUUGAACUGGAAAAAACUCACUUUUGUAUUUGCAUGAAAGGUGGCCGUGGAAAGUUUCUGUCUUCGCUAAGAUCAGUGUUUUAUUUAAGGAGGAAACACUCUUUGUUGGUGGAGUUUGAAUGUCGGCUCUCGAUUGGGCGCCAAAAUGUUCUAAAGACCCUCUGCAGGACCUUGAAGAGAGUUCAGAACCGGUUUCCUGUGUCAUUGUUCCACGUGGUGACAGAAAAGGAAACCGGAUGGGAGAAUUGGCGCGAGAACCUUUGAAUCCUCCGAAGUUCUGAGCUGAACUCUGGGACUAAAAGGAACCAAACUGAUCAGAACAUUCCACACUAAAAACAUCAUUUCCAACACGUCUGUGGGUGUAACUUUGACGUGACAUUUAACUUUAGCAUACAGUUCUUCAGGCAGCUUCAUUAAAAACUGUUGUGUUUUGAAGUGUUUACGGCUAAUUGGAAGCAAUCUUCUGGUUUAGGAUUAAGAAUGUUUCCAUGAACUACUUUGGAAGGAAUAAGCUAGGCUUUGUGCUGUUGUCAGAAGGUGGUGCUAUAAACAGAGUAGGAGAAGAAGUCGGAAAACAAAACUGGUUUUGGUCCAACGGCCAAAGAAUGAAAUUUCAUCCAUGAAAGAACACGGUGAAAGGUCUUUGAGAAUCAGAAGUUAUUCAGAAAAGGUUGUUUCCAUCUCUUUAGAUGAAGUGAAAACCACCUCAAGUCAGUGUAAAAACUUUUGUCCCUCAAUUUAUGCCAUUUCUAUUCCAGUGUUUUCUUAAAAAAUGUGCAUAAAUUGGUUUUGGGUGUGUUUUACCCACUGAGCUGCAAUCAGAUCAUUCUACGAAACAUUAUGUAGAAUGGUCUGACUCACCUUUAGAUCCUCAAGUGGACAUAUGAAGAACUACAGUUUUCAAAAAUCACCUCAAUCUAGCGGAAAAACUUAUAUUUUGCCAAAUUAAACACAUUUUUUUUUCAAAUUUAGUAUUUCCAUGAACGUUUUUUAGAACAAGACUUAAAAAGGUGUGAAUGGAAACACUCGUGAUGACGAACCAGUUUAAGGCGGAGUUUUUGACUGAUGAAAGAGACUUCAAUUUGGUUUUCUUUGUACAAAAAAUAGCGAAAACGUCAAACAAGGGUAAAACAUUUUUUGCAAAAAUCUUUAUCUUUUAGUUUUGCUGUCACCAUUAGCCUUUUCCAGCUCGAUACAUCAGAAAAAAGUUAUUUCAGUUUCCUUUAAAGCACGUGAAUCCUUUUUGAAAAAGUGAAAAACCAUUUCAAGUUUAAUGUCAGCAUUUUUCCCCCCUAAUUUAUGCUGUUUCCGUUCAGUUUUUUCUAAUCUGGUGUGUCUAAAUGUGCAUAAAAUGUGUUCUGGGUGUCUUUUUCCCACUGAACUGCAGUCAGACCGUUCUACACAGCAUUAUGUAGAACGGUCUGACUUGCUUUUGGAGCCUCAAGUGGACAUUUGAGGAACUACAGUUUUUGGUGUUUACGGAUGUUGCUACUUGGUCAGAAAAACUGUUUCCCUUUAAGGGCGUCCUUCAGUAAAGGGCAAAAAUCACCUCAAUCAUAUUUUUUUCAAAAUUAGUGUUUAUGUUUUUUGAUACAAAACUUAAAAAUGUGCCAAUGGAAACUCUAGUGAUGACGAACCAGUUUCAGGUAAAAUUUUUGACUUAUGUAAGAGACUUUAAUUUGGAUUUCGUUGUAAGAAAAAACCCAAAUCAAAACGGGGAAAAAUUGUCGCAAUUAGCCUUUUCGAUACGAUACAUCAGAAAAAGUUAUUUCCAUUGCAUUUAAAGUGCACGACCUCUUUAGAAAAAGUCAAAAACCACCUAAAGGUAGUGGAAAAACCAGGAGGUUAUGUCAUCAUCGGAGUUUGUCUGUCUGUCUGUCUGUUUGUCUGUUAACAGCAUAACUCAAAAAGUUAUGGACGGGUUUUCACCAAAUUUUUACAGAAUGCCCGGAAGAGCAAAAAUAACAAUCGAUUAGAUUUUGGAGGUGAUCCGGAUCACCGUCUGGAUCCAGGAUUUUUUUGAAGGACUCUGUACAAUUGAGAGAGAUGGCCGCCAGGCCAUCUCUCUCAAUUGUACAAAAUCUGUCCAUAACUUUUUGAGUUAUGCUGUGAACACACAGACAGACAGACAGACAGAUGGCCUGGUGGAGGUCUGUGCUCUCCGAGUGCUUUUCUAGUUUUUAAAGUGCUGUUUCCAUCAAACUUCUAAAAUACAUUGGUGGAAAGUCGCGAAUAAGAGACAUUAUCUGGGUCUUCCAACUCAACAUAAAUUUACUGUGAAAAUAGCUUUUAGAAAUGAAACCAAGUGGACGUUUGAGGAACUGCAUUUUCAGAUCUUUAAAUUUUAAUUAGGGAGUUGCUGCUUAAUUAGAACUUAUUUGUGAAGUCCCCAUUAAGUCUUUUUUUUAAUAUUUGAAAACAGCCUUAACCGAGCGUUUAAACUGUUUUGAGUAAUCACGAACUUUUUUCCCCGUAUUUUGCUUUUUCCAUUAAGCUAAUUCCACUACAAUGCUUUAAAAUGGUGGAAAUGUGAUGAAGUCAAACAGGAACUUUACAUUCCCAGAAUGAAGCUUCUGGAAUAAAACGUGAAUUCUCAUUUUUAGGUUUAGAUUUAGAGACUUCGUGUUGCUCCCCCUAGUGGCAGCUCCACUGAACUGAACCAUGGUGUUGGUGGUUUUCUGGAGGAAUCUGGACGAGUUUUUCAAAUGUAGCUGAUCAAAGCAACACAAAGCAAGUAUCUCAGGCCGUUCCGUCGCCUUUAAAGGACAAUAACUGUUCUUGAAAAAGUUGAAAGCCACCUCAAAGCGAGCAUACAAACUUUUUUGCUUAACUGGAGAAUUUAUUUCUUUUUAAUUUUCCGUUUCCAUCAAACUUUUUAAAUGUGCUGGUGGAAAGAAAGGUGUGAAUAAAAAACAGUUUAUUGGUCUUCCAACUUGACGUAAAGUUGAAAUUUUCGUCUUGAAAUUGCCUUUUAAAAUGAAACCAAGUGGACGUUUGAGACACUGCACUCUUUGGAUCUUUAUCUUCAUUUAGAGACUCAUUGUUUUAAUUAGAAAACCGAAAAGUGUAGUUCUUUAAAUGUCCACUUGGUUUAAUUUUAUGAUUUAAGCAGCACAUUUUUUAUGAUUUAUGUCGAGUUGGACGACUCAGAAAAUUUUAUUCGUGACUCAAAAAAGUUUGUACACUCGCUGGAGGUGGUUUUCAACUUCUUUAUUGGGAGUUAUGUAUAGUUGUCCUUUAAAGGCGACACAACAGCCUCAAAUAUUUGCUUAAUUUAACUCAUCCAGGUUCUUUACGAUUAAGUUCAGUUCUUUAGAUCUGCCACUAGGGGGAACUACUGCAUGUAAAUGUCAAACCGAGGUUCAUUCUAGAGUCUUCAUUUGGGAACGAAACGUUGCUGUUUGCCAUCGCCACAUUUCCACCAAUGCAUUUCCAAGCAUCGUGGUGGAAAAGUUUGAUUGAAAAAUGCAAAAUAUGGAUGGAAAGAAAGUUUGGAAUUACUGAAAACUGUUUUCAUGCUCACUUGAGGUGAUUUCAAAUAUUUAGGGGGGAAAAGCACUUCAAUGAUUGGAUGUUUUUCCCCUUUUCUUCUGAGAUUUAGUCUCCAUUGUGCCCCCUAGUGGCAACUCCACUGAACUGAACCUGGAGCAGUUUUUCGAGGCUGUUUUGACUGAAGUUCUGACUGAACGACUUUCAGGACAGUUUUUGUGGAGUUGUUGCAUCUCGUAGCUUCUGAGACGUUUAACAGAUCGUUGGGUGGAGAUGAGCUGCAGCGCCACCUGCUGGUAGAGACAGAAAACUUCCUCUAAUAUCUGGUUCCAUCCUGAUGUCACGUCAAAGUUUGUGGACCUGCAGACGUGUUGGCUUUUACUUUGGAGUACCGUGAGGAACCCAAACACCCCCUCCUUCCCUGUGAGGAGGGUAAGGAGGGAGGCGUGUGCUUGGCGUGUCCGUCCUCCCCUCAUGUGUUCUGUCUCCGUGACCUCCUCAUGUGCUGAAUUAUAAUAAAGCAUUUCAAAGAUGA